CCUCUCGCGUCGCUCGAAAGUGUAAAAAAACACCUCACUCAGAAACCACAACUUUGCAAAACUCGAGUUCCCUUCUCUUCUCCUCUUCGCGUUUCCCCCCGACCGCCGACCUCCGCCGACCUCCGCCCGCCGCCGCCGCCGCCGCCGCCGCUCCCCCCAUUUUCACAUUCUUGACAUACGCAGAGCACGUGUCCAGCUUCCAUCAGAGCUUUUGCAGAUAAGCUCGCAGCACCACUCCGCCCAUGCGGCCUGCAUAAAGGCAACAAUAGAAUAUUCCCACAAAACCCGAAGCACAUAAUUGUCUUGCUAUUCUUUUGUUAUCCAGCCUGUUGUCCCUGCCUUGAAGAUUACUCUUUGAAUCCUCUCGUUCCAAGUUCAAGCCCCCUGCCCCCACCGCUCUCUCUCUCUCUCUCUCUGUUUCUGUCUGUUGGGUAAUUUCCCGCUUGAGGUACCGUGCACUCUUCUUCAGUCUCCCUCGCUAGCGGCGUCAAUGGCUUCUUUAACCACAGUGCCUCACUCCGCCUGCUUCUUGAGCAAGACCCAGUUGUCGGAAUCGCGUCCUGCCCGGGUUUCCUUUCGCCCUCGUCCGGGGACCUGUUUCUUGCAGAGGGGGUCUUUCCGGGCGGCUCGCGGGAUCAGGAACAUGCCCCGGAAGGCGGCGGUGGUCGCGGCGACGACGGCGGAGAAGCCGAAGAAGAGGUACCCCGGGGAGGCGAAGGGGUUCGUGGAGGAGAUGAGGUUCGUGGCCAUGAAGCUGCACACGAGGGAUCAGGCCAAGGAAGGGGAGAAGGAGGUGAAGGGGCCCGAGGAGAGGGCGGUGACGAAGUGGGAGCCGAGCGUUGAUGGGUACCUGAGAUUCCUGGUGGACAGCAAGUUGGUUUAUGAUACGCUCGAGAGGAUUGUGGAGGAUUCUGCUUUCCCUUUCUAUGCUGAGUUCAGAAAUACUGGUUUGGAGAGGUCAGAAAAACUGGCGAAGGAUCUGGAGUGGUUCAAAGAGCAAGGUUAUAACAUUCCUGAACCUUCUUCACCUGGGGUGACAUAUGCCCAUCAUCUCAAAGAAUUGUCUGAGACAGAUCCUCCAGCAUUCAUCUGUCACUUCUACAAUGUUUACUUUGCCCACAGUGCUGGUGGUCGGAUGAUUGGGAAAAAGGUGGCUGAGAAGUUACUUGAUAACAAGGAGUUGGAGUUCUAUAAGUGGGAUGGUGAACUUCCCCAACUAUUGCAGAAUGUGAGGGACAAACUGAACAAAGUUGCCGAAAACUGGACCAGGGAGGAGAAGGACCAUUGCUUGGAAGAGACCGAGAAAUCAUUCAAGUACUCUGGCGACAUUCUUCGUCUGAUACUGUCGUGAUGCACAUAUGAAAUCCCGAGUGUUGCACAACCUGGUUUAAGUAACGGGGCAGAAAGCCUUGACAGUUUACACCUGUGUUUGAACCUGCACAAUUGAUCUGCAACCGCAAGCAAGUCCCCGGAUUUGUUGGUUGUUCCUGUCAAAUGUGACAUAUGGAUUCUUUUCUUCAUGCGGAACAGAAAAUAGGGUUCUGCUGUACAUAACUUCUCAUACCGAAACUUGGCUAAUCUUUUCUUGAUUUAUGAAGCGGGAGACAUGAAUUUCUUUUAUCAA